AUGCACGAGGGAGAGACCCUAAAAGCGUAUUCGGAUAGGUAUUGGGAGAUGUAUAACGAGUUGGAUGAGAACCACGAUAACGUCGCUAUCAACACAUUCAAAAGCGGUCUCCCCACCAAGCAUGGCUUAAGAAAAUCUCUCACUGGUAAACCCAUUGCCAACGUUCAUCAGUUAAUGGAUAGGAUUGACAAAUACAAGAGGGUGGAAGAAGAUCAGCUACAAGGAAAGGGAAAGGAGAAGAUCAUUCCCCCCAAAGGGAAUGAUUUUAAGUCGAAACAAUAUAACCAUAACCAGCUGAGGAGAGAUUUUUCGAGACAAGCUGGACAAAGCAACAUGCAGACGGUUAAUGCCGUGUUCAGAGAGCCAGUACAACAAGUUCUGGAGAAAGUGAAGAAUGAGCCCUUCUUCAGAUGGCCGGGAAAAAUGGCUAGGGACCCUUCGAAAUGCAACCAGAGCCUUGGUCAUCUGAUCCAGGCAAUGCAAGAACCUCGAAAAGAUGUGUCGUUACAGCCUCCCACGGGAACGAUACAUGUCAUCCUCGCCGCCCCAGGAAGAACCGGCUCCUCUCCUUCCAGGGUACUGUCCGUGGCGCGACUCUCUGCCGAGGACAGGGAAAAAGAGUAUAAGAGGUUUAAAAAGGGAAGCCCUUUAAUAUUAGGAUUCUCAGACAAAGAUAAGAGGGGAACUAUCCAACCUCAUGACGAUGCCUUAGUAAUUACACUGAGGAUCGAAGGUUUCGAUGUGAAGAGGGUACUGGUAGACCCGGGCAGCGCGGUAGUGAUAAUGUACCCCGAUCUAUAUAAGGGGUUGAACUUAAGGCCGGAGGAUUUGACGGCUUAUGACUCUCCUCUUAUCAGCUUUGAGGGAAAGAUAGUUGUACCAAAAGGGCAGAUCAGAUUACCCAUCCAGACCGGGUCAGAGGUAGUAGAGGUGGACUUUAUCGUGGUUGAUGCCUACUCGCCCUACACGGCGAUAGUGGCUAGGCCAUGGAUCUAUGCCCUAGAGGCCAUGUCUUCCACACUUCACUAA